AUGGCGUUCCUCUACAGCCAGCUGGCCAUGGCGGCGGCCACCACGCUGGCCAAGAAGACCUUCGAGUUUUCCAUCACCUCCUCCCUCAAGGGUCUGUCAGACGUGAUCAAGGAGCGCUUCUCCACCUCCAAGGCACUGCAGGAGACGCAGGCGAGCGGGGCUGCCUGGCUCGCGGCCCAGCUGGGCAAGCGGCUGCGGGACCUCAUCGCCCGCCUCGACUCCGUGCUGCCCUACCUCAACCUGGCCAUCUCGACGGUGGCCCUGCUCAACCAAAGCGGCGCCGCCUCCCCGCUGUCCCCCUCCCGCCUCAUGUCUGCCUCCUGGCACCUGCGCUCCACCCCUCAGCCCGGCGCCGCUGUCUUCUGCCUGCCAGAGGCAGCGUGGCACGAGGAGCGCCAGCUCACCGCAGCGGGGCCCAGCAUGGGCGAAGUGCACCGCCUGUGCAGCCUGUCGGUGUGCCGCUGUACCGCAGGGACCGCAGGCACCGCCGGCACCGCUCCACCACCUCCGGCCACGGCGGCAGCAGCCGCGGCGGGCGGCAGCGUUGGGGGCUGGCCGCUCUGCGCCUACGAGCUGCUGCUGCAGCAGGACCUGCGGGAUGGCGCGUACCACGAGCCUGAGGAAAGCGCGGGUACCAUACGGCUUCAGGUGGCCGACAUCGUCGCCCUUGAGUGGGAGACGACGCAGAGCCUGAACCAGGGCGAGAACGAGUACCACCCAGCCCUGGUGCUGCACGUGUUCAGCAGUGGCGGCGUCGGACCCGUGGCGGCGGCAGCCGAGGGCGAAGCGGCAGCCGCGGCAGCCGCGGGCGGGGAGGCGGCGGGGAGGCGGCGAGGGCUGGCGACGCCAGCCAGCGGGGCGGCUGGCGGGCAGCCGGGCAGCCGGGCCGGCGGCAGGAGAGCCAGCUCUGCAGCUGAGCUGCCCGGGGCAAGUGGGAAGAUGGCGGCGGCGGCAGCAGCGGUGACCUCGCCGCUUGCCGUCACGCCGCCGGGGCCGGCGGCGGCUGGUCGGGGCGGCGGGGUGGGAGGCACCAUCCACCGCUGUGCCGUCAUGUGCAGCAUGCGGUUAGAGGAGAGCGAUGAUGAGGAUGAGGAGCAGGAAGAGGAGGAGGAGGAGCAGGCUUCAGCCGACAGCGGCAGCGAGGGCGGCAGCGAGGGCGGCACGCGGCGCCCCGGCGCGGCCGCGGCCGCGCCGGGCCCCGCGGCCGUUGCCGCCGCCGCCGCCGCCGCGUUGCAGCGCGAGUGGCGGCUGCUGGGCGAACUGGAGUAUGUCUUGCGGCUGGCCAUCCUAGAGUGCUGGGAGCAGGCGACGCACCAGGAGGCGACAGAUGAGCGGAUCGUGAUGGCUUUCCACGCCACCUCCCUGCCCCCUGCGGCAGCAGCUGGCGGCGGCAUCCAUGCCACCGCCCACCACCACCACCUCGCCGCGGACAGCGCGGCGCACACCACGGCGCAGCGGGCGGCGGCGGCGGCGCGGUGGCGUGGCGCCGUGGCCCAUGCCGUCGCCGCUGGCGUCGACUCCAUGACCGCCGGGGUGCGCCAGCUGUCCUUCACACCGGGCGGCGCAGCGCCACCAGCGGCGGCGGCGGCGGGCGGCGAGGCGGGCGGUGGCAGGGGCAGCGGAGCCGCCAGCCGGCGGCAGAGCUCGCGGGCGGGCAGGAGCGGCUUUGGGUCGCCGGUGCAUUGA